AUGCUGGCUCCAAUAAUGACCAAAGACAUGAAGCUAUUUCCAUCGCGACCCCUGCCACCUCGUAUAAAGAAUGUCAGAAGUCGCGCACAAAGCCUACAGGACUUUGCCGACGCCAACGCAAGGAAGCAACAAGUCGCGCAGCAACAAAAGACGCGACAACGCAACGCACAGUCGGUCGGGAACCUUGCGAUGAGUAAAGGAUCACCACCCAAGAACUCGAUCGUCAAGAGGAAGCCGCUAGACGCGAUCGCUGAGGGCGUGGAGAUGGCUCCACCCUUGGCUCCAACCACCGCCUCGACCCCCGCCAUGUGCCAGUCCACGUAUUCCACGAAUCUGGCUAGUCCAUCAAGUCCAGAAGCCGCUCCAGAAAGGCAUGGCAAGCUAGCCAAGUACCCGGUAGUCGAUUUGACCAAAAAGAACGACGAAAAUCGACAGAUUUUGAGAAAGAACGACGAGAAUCGACCGGACUCGGUAAUGUCUACAGUAUCAUCGUGCCCGUCGACGUCCGGCGAGAAGCUGGAGAGGAAUUCAUCGGCACGGUCGUCGACAAAGUCUACGGAUUCGAACAAGGACAAGGCCCCAUUGACAGCCGGCUUGCUGAAGUUCAUCACGAGUUCGCUGAAGGGCAACAAGAAGGAGAGGAAGUGCCACGAGGAGGCCAAGAAGAGGGCCGCGGCUAGCCAGAAACCUCCCGCUAGUCCCACCGUGCCAUAG